UGCAGAUGAAAUCCAGAUUAUUAAUGAUGACUCAGAUCUGUCCAGUGUGAAUGCGUAUCUAGGGAACGAUGGGUUUGUUAUAUGGCUGGCACCAGCCAAUUUCAUGGCUCAGUGCACCAUAAACAUUCAGUAUUAUCCAUUUGAUUCGCAGACAUGUUACUUCGUGGUCUCAUCAUGGUUGUUCCUUGAAAGUCAUUUAGAAUUAGGAGGAUCAGCUGCAUCGAUAAAUAUGGACCUUUACGAAGAAAAUGGUGAAUGGGACCUCACUGCAUCAAAAGUUGAAAAUAUAACAAGGACAUUACUUGGGCAUCCUUUACCUGCUGUAAAGUUUACAACAUUUCUUACCAGAAAAUACUCAUACUACCUCAUGAAUAUGUUGCUGCCCGUCAUUGUACUAGCAGUUAUGGCACCUUUCGUAUUCAUGUUGCCGAUAGAAAGUGGAGAAAAGAUUGGAUAUGGUUUGACAAUCUUAUUGUCGUUAUCUGUUGUCAUGACACUUGUAUCUCAAAGUAUUCCACCAACAUCAACACAUAUAUGUGUCCUUAGUGUGUACCUGUUGGUAACAUUUAUUAUCUGUUCCCUGGAGACAUUGUUGACAGUGGUGGCAUGCAGAAUUCAUGACUUUCACAAGAAAGGACACAUAAUGGGUCCAAAACUAAAGAACAUGACAAUGCUGCUGGCAAGAAUUACCCAUUCUAGUCAAUUGCUUACUGACACUAUCACGACAAAGAUUACACAGAAGAACGCAUCUCUAGAAAAGGUUGAACUUACACUGGUGGAGAAAAAUCACUUAGAAAAAGCGAUCAUACAAAAUAGAGCACGGGAUAAACAAGACAGAGAGGAAACCGAACAGUCUGGCGCAAGGAAUUACAGUUUUGAAGACUUAGCCCUUGUAUUCGACAAAUUUAAUUUUAUAUUGUUUGCAAUCAUCACGGUUACUGUAACUGUUGUAUUUAUGGUAGUGCUGCGGUUAGGCGGAUCAUCGUAAUCUGACAUCGACAGUUUUACUGUGAAUAGUUGACAUUCUUAAACGCGAUUUAGAUAAGAACGUGUUUUAUUAAUUGGGACCAAUGGUUUAUUAAUUUAGUAAAUAUA